UAGUAUGUUUUAUGAGUCAGUUUGAAGUUGAUUGUGGACGUGAAAGGAUCGUUAAGUUCGCUGGUAUUUUAUGACUAGUUCUAAGUACACUUAUGCAGUGUUGUUUUUCUUGGUUAGUAGCUACGGUUUUUUAUGGAUAUGUCUAGUAUUCUGUUUUUGAAGGUAGGAGAUGAUGGAUUGUCAGUUAAAAUUCUCCAUUCCUUUUAGUUGAUUACCUUCCAACAAAGUCUAACGGUAAUGAACGAUUUGUGGAUUACCAUCACCAUCACUCGCUUAAAAAGAAUUCCAUGUUGCUCUCGAAAUACGCGAAAACUCUUUUUUGUAUUGGAUGAAGAUUGAAGCCUCGAAACAAAACAACACUGCGCAGACUGUACAAAAGUGAAUUUAAUUAAAGUGUAAAUUAAGUGUAAAUGAUAGUGGAGAUGAAAGGAUGCAACUGUAGUGUUUAAUGUGAUUUUAGUGCAAGAACUCAGUGUAAAAAUUUUGCUGUGAUUAAAAAAAAUUAGCAUGAGUUCGUACUUUGCCAAUUAUAUUCCGGACAUGAGAAAUGGUGGUGUGGUAUCAGCGGAACACCAGCAUCAACAUUAUGGAGCCGCUGUGCAAGUGCCUCAGGGAGGCGGUGCUGUCCAGACGGAUCCAAACUCUUGCUCGGGUGACCCUUCCGUUGUCGGCUUGCGCCAAGGCAUCCCUCCGCACCAUUACGGUGGUCCACCGGCAGCUGGACAGCCUCCUCAAGGGAUGCCUUAUCCGAGAUUUCCACCUUACGACCGAAUGGAUAUCCGAAGUGCGGGCUAUUACAACACGCAGCAACAGCAAAUGGAUGGCAACCAAUAUCGGCCAGAUAGCCCGACUACCAUGCAUAUGGGCGGCAAUGCCCCCCCCAAUGGACAUCAAACUCCCGUUGUGUAUGCAAGUUGUAAAUUGCAAGCGGCAGCGGUGACACAGAAUGGUGUUCUUGGUCCAACUGGAAGUCCGCCGCUCGAUACGACGCAAAAUAUGGGCAACCAUCAUAUGGCUCACCAUAUGCAAGAGCAGCAUCCGCAGCAUCACCAGCAAGCUCACCACCAGCAGCAGCAACACAUGAUGUACGGUGGCCAGCAAAACGCCAAUAUGCAUCAGGCUGCUCCUCAUCAACAGGCUCCUCCUCUACAGCAACAGCCGCAACCUGGCCAGCAACCUCCAAAUAAUACGGCUUCUGCGUUACCUAGUCCCCUUUACCCUUGGAUGAGGAGUCAAUUUGAAAGGAAGAGAGGUCGACAGACGUACACCCGAUACCAAACGUUGGAGUUGGAGAAGGAGUUCCAUUUCAAUAGGUAUUUGACGAGACGACGAAGAAUCGAAAUAGCGCACGCUCUUUGCCUGACAGAGAGACAGAUCAAAAUAUGGUUCCAGAACAGGCGCAUGAAGUGGAAGAAAGAGAACAAGACCAAAGGUGAAGGAGGUUCGGAAGGAGGUGGUGACGACAUAAGCCCCCAAGGAUCACCACAGUGAACCGCGUCACAAUAAACCAUGUACCUAAAAACACAUUGUAGUCAUUGCAUUUUCUUUUUGCCAGUACAAUCUGGCAAGAAGUUAUGAAAUUUUGGCAGGAACUCUUCCAAAUUCCCCUACACAACCAUAUUGACCUCUUACAAGAAAGUCCUUUUUGUGUAUAAUUAAAGUCGAUAUAUUAGUUCCGACAAACGCGAUUUAUAGAUCGAUUUUAUAGUUUAUUUAUUUAUAUAUUGUAGAUAACAUAGUCUUUAUAAUUUUGCGCGAAUUUUAAUUUUGGACUCUCGUAAAAUAAACUUUAAAUCAUAGAGGCCAGUGCAACGUGCAAUUCAGUGAAAGCAGAUGGACUGCCAAAUCUUAGUGAAAAACUGUACCGGUUUAAUUUUUUGUAUAAAUAUUUUAUAUAUCUAUUCCUACUAGCUAAACGAAAGUGGUUCAGAAACUUCAAGAUCCACUUCUCUUUUUGGAAGAUCAUGAAGGUCAGUGACUGACAUUUUAUUUUAAAAUGUGAAUGUCGCCAUAAAAGGCAGGCUAACAGGAAUCAAAUUUAAACUAUUUAAAACUACUGGAAAAAUUCUGGUUAGCUUGCCUAAAAUUAGAUUACUCUAAAAAAUGUUACUUGUUUUACAGAUUGAAAAUAACAGCUCAAAUCGUAGCAUAGUCCAAACUUAGUCAAUAGUACCUAAAAGAAAAUAAUUCCGAGUUACCGUACUCUCAUCUAAAUUGAUGAAUAUUUAGUAGAAUAUCCAUUCAGUCAAUGUUCUCUUUGUAAAGCAAGUAUAUUUUGGAAGUGUUCGUUUUGAAAAGUAGAAUUGUUUACUUAAAUUGUAGAUAUUUCGAUUAUGUGUAUAUUUGGUUACAAACAGUUAAAUAUUGUACAUAAAUCCGGUAAAGCAAAAGGAUAUGAAAUAUACGAUAUUAUUAAAAUUACGCACUUUCAUGCCAAAGUUAGAGUAAAGUUAUCCAUGUAGGAUGAUAAUAUUUAUUACUCAAAAUACGUAAUAUGUGAACUUACACUAUCUCUUAAAGUAAGCAAUGUGAAACAUUCGAAAAGUUAAAACUAAUUUUAAUUUGUGGAAAGAAGAUAAAAAUAUUUUAUAUACCCUUUAAAUUGGAUUUUGCAGUUCAUGACUACUAAAAGGUCUAUCAGAAUUGCUAGUGAUAAUAGUAACGAAAAUACGUAAACACUGCUACAAAAGAAGUAUACGUAAUUAAUUAUUUUAUUAUAAAGAGGAAGUUGUAAAAAGGGUUAGGCAAAUUAAAUAGGUUCACAAUUAAUUAUUAAUUUUAAGUACUAAAUUGAUACUCAUUAGUAUUUACAUUACCUAAUAUAUAAUUACUAAAGAAACAUCCUAUUUAAAUUGGUUAACCGUUUAUAUACCCAAAUAUUUAUACUCUAAAUUUUAGGGAUUCUGCAGUGGCAUGCUGUAUAUUUGUACCUAUAUGGAUAAAACUAGAGAUAUAGUUCUUUGUGCUGUGGUGUAAUAUUUUAGAUUUAGAAGUACUAAGUUGACAGACUACUUUAAUUUUGAAAAUUGUUUUUAUUAUUAUUUUGUAAAUGAAAAUUAUUGUAAUAUAAAUUAUUAUUAUUUUUAACAUUCAUAUAUAAAUUAUAUUUUGCGUCUUAAUACUUUAAUACUUGGAUUUCUGUCUU